CGAAUGAUUCAGAUCAAGGAAGAACAGCUGAGACUUGUCAACAGUUGCUCCAUUAUUCUGCAAGAUAAUUCUCGGUCAGACAAGCCACACUAUGUACUUCAAACACAGACGUCUGCUAUUAAGCAAGACUGGUGCAUGGAUUUCCUGAUGGCCAAGCUGGCACUAGAAAGGUCUAACAGUUUGGCAUGGGAUGGAACUAUCAGCAGCGAUGGCAGUGACUUUGAUGUGACACCAGUACACUUUAUGAAACACUUGCCAGUUGAUGUCCCCAAAAAUUACACUAAGAUUAGAUGUGCUGUAUCAAUCUUCUUAAAUCCAGUGAAAUCAGUUCAUGGAAUUGGUAUCCAGCAUCUGUGGGUGUGUUCAUCAACACCCACCCAUGGACAAGUGUCAGUCUUGUCAGUUCACAAUUCAAAACCUUCAUUGAUGGAGUCAUUCAAAGCAUGCAGCAGUGACAUUCUGGCUGUAGAGUUAGUCCCAGGAUGUGGUGAGGUGCUUAAAUCAGAGAACUUUCUGUUUCCUGAGGAUUCUGUAUGGCUGACUAACUCUCACAGAGAAACACUUAUCUUCCCACUGAUAAGUCGGGAUGAAGUUCAUCGUAAGCCACUGGCAGUACUACGAACACCAGCUGUGACCGUAUCGCUCAAAUUUGUUGAUGAACGAUUGUUCUGUGGAUUUGAUGAUGGUGCAUUGAUGGUCUACUCUCGUAAAGCCGAUGGCAGCUGGAAUGUACCUCAACCCUUGCUGUUGACUUUUGGAACAUCCUCUGUAAAGUUACACUUUGUACAUGAGGAAAACAUUUGGCUCAGCUGUGCUAACAAAUUGUUUCAGCUGGAAAUUGAUAGUUUACAAACCCAG